CAGGACAACUCUGCUUCAUGAUGAAUUAGGAAACGGAGAGGCCUUUUCCUGAGCGAUGGAGACGAGAGGGUCCGUGAUCUUUGCCACUCAGGAGAUGCAGCACUUCUCCAUGGAAAAGGAUCUAAACCCAGCCAAUGGGAACACAGAACAGUUUGAUUCAGACGAAAGUUCACAUUCUGAGGAUGUUGAUUUCAACUGGGAUGAAUACUUGGAAGAGUCAGGAUGUAUUGCUGCCCCUCACACUUCAUUUAAACACGUGGAAAUCAGUCUCCAGAGCAGUUUCCAGCCAGGCAUGAAGCUCGAGGUGGCCAACAAGCACAAUUCAGACACCUACUGGGUGGCAACCAUCAUUACCACGUGUGGGCAGCUCUUGCUGCUGCGUUACUGCGGCUACGAAGACGACCGCAGAGCUGAUUUCUGGUGUGACGUGAUGACGGCCGACCUCCAUCCUGUGGGCUGGUGUACCCAGAACAACAAAGUGCUGAUGCCUCCGGAUGCUAUCAAAGAGAAAUACGCAGACUGGACAGAGUUUCUCAUACAUGACUUGACGGGCUCCAGAACGGCACCUGCAAAUUUAUUGGAAGGCCCUCUGCGAGGGAAAAAUCCUGUAGACCUCAUUACAGUUGAUUCCUUCAUAGAGCUACAGGAUUCCCAGAAUCCCUUUCAGUACUGGAUAGUUAGUGUGCUUGAAAAUGUUGGAGGAAGAUUGCGCCUUCGCUUUGUGGGAUUGGAGGAGACUGCAUCCUAUGACCAGUGGUUGUUUUACUUGGAUUACAGACUGCAGCCAGUUGGUUGGUGUCAAGAGAAUAAGUACAGACUGGAUCCACCUGCAGAAAUCUAUUCUCUGAAGACUGUGUCUGAAUGGCAAGCCGCUCUGGAUAAAUCUCUUAUUGAGGCAGCAAAGUUUCCUCUCCCAAUGGAAGUGUUUAAGGAUCAUGCUGAUUUGAGGAGCCACGUGUUCACAGUGGGAAUGAAGCUGGAGGCAGUAGAUAUGCGAGAGCCAUGCAGCAUUUGUCCUGCCACGGUAUCUAAGGUUUAUAACAGCCAUUUUGUUCAAGUAACCCUUGAUGAUCUCCAUGCUGAAGCGAGGGCCACCUCGAUGGUUUGCCAUGCUGAUUCCCUAGGGAUUAUGCCAGUGCAGUGGUGCCUUAAAAACGGAGCCCAUCUUUCACCUCCCAAAGGUUAUUCUAGCCAGGACUUUGACUGGGCAGAUUACCAGAAGCAAUGCGGAGCAGAAGCGGCUCCCGAGUCCUGUUUCAGAAAUGUAUCCUUCAGCCGAGGCUUUAUGAAAAACAUGAAGCUUGAGGCCGCGAACCCUAAGAAUCCCGCCGAAAUUUGUGUGGCUUCUGUCUCAUCAGUAAAAGGACGCUUGAUCUGGCUCCGCUUUGAAGGUUUACAGGUGCCUGCGCCAGAAUACAUAGUUGAUGUAGAAUCGAUGGACAUAUUCCCAGUUGGAUGGUGUGAAGCAAAUGCCUACCAGCUCUUGGCACCACAUAAGGCAGUUUUACAAAGGAAGAGGAAGAUUGCGGUCGUGCAGCCCGAAAAGCAGUUGCCACCUGGUGUACCCGUUGCAAAAAUACUUCAUGACCCCUGCAUAAUUCCACAGACAGACGCAGUGGGUACCAUCAACGGGAGAUACAGUUGUCCGGCACUGUUCAUCAAUCAUCGCUGCUUCUCGGGACCACAUCUGAACAAAGGACGAUUGGCAGAGCUACCUCAAUCUGUUGGGCCGGGCAAGUGCGUCUUGGUUCUUAAGGAGGUCCUCAGCUUGGUAAUCAACUCCGCCUACAAACCCGGGAGCGUUUUGCGGGAGCUGCAGCUUGUUGAGGACCCCAGGUGGAAUUUUCAAGAGGAGACUCUCAAAGCCAAAUACCGUGGGAAGACCUACAGGGCAACGGUCAAGAUUGUCCGUACAUCCGACCAAGUUCUGGAUUUCUGCCGGAGAGUUUGCGCAAAGCUGGAAUGCUGUCCGAAUUUAUUCAGCCCUGUGCCAGUUACUGAAGCCUGCCCUGAAAACUGCUCCAUUCACACCAAAACAAAAUAUACUUACUAUUAUGGAAAGAGGAGGAAAGUCACGAAGUCUCCAGCUGGUGAAAACAAUAGCCGGAGCCUGGAAAGCAGGCAUGGGAAGCCGUCAAGGCACAGGAAGAGGCGAAACCCCAUUUUGGCACAAAAGAAAAGGCGGUCAUCAAUGACAGAUCUGGACCCAGUGGGAUCUGCAGAGGAGAGUGAUGAGGAAGAGGAAGAGGCCUUGGACGAUGAGACGUGGAGUGAAGAGACCAGCCCAGAACGGCAUGACAACCAGACAGACCUCUUUUCUGCAGAGGUGCCUCCGCCCAAGCCCACCGGCGCAAUGAAGUUGCGCAGCAGCAUGGAUUUGGACCGCGUUGCUCGCACCGAGAGAGGAAGGAGAGCUCAGCAGGCGUUGUCUCUCUUAUGUGCCAAGGGAGAGAAAAGGGCUCAACUCAAACAUGAGAUCAAGCAAGAGCCAGAAGAGAAACUGAUUCUGGAGAGCAAUCCCUUGGAAUGGACCGUGACCGACGUGGUGCGAUUCAUCAGGCUCACAGAUUGUGCUCCAUUUGCCAAAAUAUUUCAGGAGCAGGACAUCGACGGACAAGCUCUCCUUCUGCUGACUCUUCCAACAGUUCAGGAGUGCAUGGACCUCAAGCUAGGCCCGGCCAUCAAGCUGUGUCACCAGAUUGAGCGUGUCAAGCUGGCUUUCUAUGCACAGUAUGCCAACUGACACCACCGCUCCGUGCUCUUCCUUCUCCACGCCUUUCAUUGGGAGGUUGCGUCUGGAUUUCCCACUGCUGGACGUGUUGUGUUCAGAUGCACUGAUCUUACAGAUCUGUCCAAGAGUGAACUUGAUGACCGUCUAGGUUCCCGCCAAGCAGAUUGGGAGUUAGCCAACUUUUCUCCUUGCGAGAUUAUCCCUGGGUUUCGUAAAGGUCAUGAUAUAGCAGAGAAUUGAGAGGGAUGACAGCAGGAGAAGCAAAAACGACGUUGGUGGAGGGUCCAUAAACCAUGCCUAAGGAGGCAGGGCUGUCGGCCUUCUUUUUUGCUCUGCCUACAUGGAAGCUGAAAUGCAUUUCUGGGCGUGUCUAGAUUCAGAGCCAGACAUAGACCAGAUCUACAC